CUAUUACUCCGCCCACUCGCCCCUGCUGCGGCUAUAAGGAAGCGGAAGCAGGAAUGUGGGACGUCUCUGGAAAGUUUGGACGCCUGACAGCUGGACAGAAGACACAAGACGAGUGGACCAACAUGACGGUGCGUUGGCAGCUGCUGAUGUUAUCAUAGCGACCCCAGUCGCGCGGACUGGUAGACCACAUGGAGAGGGAGACCGUCGUACUGGAUCCCACUGUCCCCGAUCCAGAUCCCAGCGGGCCGCCGGACUCCAGCCAGGCCUCCUUGCGGCGCCGCGCCUGGGCCCAGAGCCGAGAAUCCACCUGGCAGGAGACGCUUAAAGCAGAGCCCCCGAGCCCCCGGGGGGCCCGACCCAGUUCUGGUGGCACUAAUGGAGAUUCUCAGAGACCCUCAGAAGACGCAGGACUGACACCCAACAAGAUCACCAGCUGGCUCGACCAAUGCAGGACUCCGCUGGCUGUCUCCCUGGAUGACCAGAGUGCGUCUCCCAGCAAAGCAGGAUUGCUGAGGAACGGCUGCAGCUUCGAAGAUGACCUCUCCCUGGGAGCUGAAGCCGACCAUCUUCAAUCCGGCAACAAGAAGACUGGAUCCUGCGCUGGUCUUGCCGCCAACCAGAAGAGGAGUCAGUUCAAGGAAAAAGGAAGAAGUAUGAACUCCACUGGGUCCGGGAAGAGCAGCACCGUGUCUAGUGUAUCAGAGCUGCUCGACCUUUACGAGGAGGACCCGGAGGAAAUCCUCCUGAAUCUGGGCUUCGGUCGAGAUGAACCUGACAUGUCCUCCAGGAUUCCCUCCAGGUUCUUUGACGGCUCGUCCUCAGCGCGUGGCAUCGACAUCAAGGUGUACUUGGAAGCGCAGCUACAGCGCAUGGAGGUGGAGAACCCAGACUUUGCUCUGACAAGUCGUUUCCGUCAGAUCGAGGCCUUGACCAACGUGGCCAACACAUUCAUCCAGCUCUACGGACAUGUUUCCGGUCAGCAGGUCCAAAGUUUCAGCAGCAAGGAUCAAGGGGGCGACGUCGAUGGCCGCUCAGACAGCGCCAAAGAGGAGUCGCCGCUGCCUCUGAAGAAGAGAAACCCGGCCCUCAACGCGGCCAGGCUGCUGAAGAAGACGCUGAGUAAGCACAACCUGCUGACGGCGUCCUCGGAGUCGUCAGGCUCCGGUGCGUCCAGUCAGGCCACCGACAGAUGUCAGCCUGACCCCGGCCUCACCAAUGGCCACCCGGCACAGGAUAGCACUGCCGAGCAAGAUCACCACUCCGACGCCGCCGGCCAGAAGCACGCUCGCAAGAAGGACAGCUGCUCUCUGGCAACGGUCGCUGAGGAAGCCGGCGGGGAUGGCGAGACAGAGCGCCUGAAAGACGACAGCAACCCUGGACUCGGCGGCGAGCAUCAGCCAGACUCUCACCCGGCCAGUCGGACGGAAGACAAACAACCGGCAGGAGAAAAUGAAAAGAAGGUCACUUCAGUUGCUGACAGAGCUCCUCCCACCCUUGCCCCGCCCCAGCUGCUUCAUUUGCGGACAGAGAAGACCGACUCCUUCGACAUGGAGGAGAUUCAGAGUAACGAAGGCGACACUCUUCUAACCAGAACGUCCAUGAUCUCAGACCUGCUGAGGACAGCCAGCCAGCAUUCCGACAGCAGCGGUUUCGCUGAGGAGCCGUCCGUGGAAUCGGGCAACCUCAAGGUGCAGGAGAGCAGUGACAGCUGUGACAGUGAGACCACGGUCACAUCGCACCCUUCACAAGACGUCUCCACGCCCGUCGCUUUGGACCAACCUGCCUUCCUCCUGCCAGACAGCCACACGGAGGAGGCGGAGCCAGAUAGUGCAGUUGAGGCUGCUGGGAGUUCCCAGGAAGCGGACGAGCGUGAUGGAAAUUCCGUGCCGGUCCCACAGUACACAGCCCACCAGCUUCCCAAGGACUGUCCGCGGGAUGAGACCCAAUACGCAGGGCAGGGCGGGAACAACUUUGAGCCGGAACCAAGUCCGGGGCAGGAAGACAGUGCAGUGAGUACAGGACCUUCCUUCAGUCUCCCCACUCCCAACUCUCCUGUUCUCGGUGCGCUGAGUCGGGCCAAGCAGCGGCUCGGCGAGAAAUGUCUCGCUCCCAAUAGGAGGCGGCAAAGAGAAGGCCUCCCCCUGCAGAGGUCGUCCUCCCUCCCCACCUCACUGCUCUCGCCCGCCAAGGUGGUGUCGUCUGUCAAGAUCGAGUUUGGCCGGGGACAGACGUAUUUCAGCCAACCCCGCUACGCCUUCCGCUACAUCCAGGAGCCCCCAAGCGACGCUGCCUCGUCCACCUGUAUCUCCACUCUGCUCAUUAACCACUCCUCCAAGUCUAGCGACCAAUCAGGGCUCCUCAGGGAAGACUCCGCCCCGACCCGCCAUGUCCACUCCUCGUGUUCCCUCAGAUGUGCCAGUCCUCAACUGGACUGGCCAGACAGGGUUGGUGCCCCACCCUGGAUCACCCAAAGCGUCCCAGAUCUCUCAUCCAAUCAGGAACAGUUUGGCGAAGCGCCCGAUCGGAGCCGGCAGAGCUACAGUCCCGGACCGGUCACGUUCAUUUCCCCGAGUCCAAGUCCCUCUCCCAACCUGAGAUAUUUGGCCCCGCUCUCCGCCCCCCCUGUCAACUCCUUUUUGUACCCUACGCCCUUCCAUCCCUACGCCAGCCUUCCAAACCUCCAGCACCACCUCCAUUCCAGCAUGCCCAGCUUUCACCCUCAGCCCUCUGUGGCCACACCACCCCAGCACGCCAACUUGCCCAUGCCUGCCAUGGCCACACACCCCCAUUACACCAGCCUGUGGAACCUUCACCCAGGCACUCCUACAAUGCACCACUUUCAUCCCAACAGUCAUCCACUGUAUCACUCCGCCCCUCACACCCCGCCCUACCUUGGUUACCAUGGCUACGACAUCAACCAGGACCACACCCUGCGUCGGGGGAGCGCCCCUCCAGGUCCGGGUCUGGGCCCCCACCCUGUCUUUUCUUCUGGCUCCUGUCAGGUCUUGUCCAGUACGGAGAUGCAGUUGAGGAGAGUUCUCCAUGACAUCCGAGGGACAGUCCAGCGUCUGAACCAGGACCACACGUCUGACUUGUCUUCUGAGCACACAGCGUCCUGCCAGCAGUCCCUGGCCGAGCUCCAGCAGAAGAGGCGGAGUCUCAGCUUGUUCCGCACGCAGAUGAUGGAUCUGGAGCUCUCAAUCAUUCGACAGCAAGCCGCGGUCUACAAACACCUGAGUCCAGGUGACAGGCUGGAGGUGGAGCAGCUUCAGUCCCUGAGGUCCGCAGUCAGAGACGAACUGUUGGAGCUGGAGCAACAGCUGGAGGACAAAGUGAUGGAGCUGACGCAACAUGGGCCAAGCAAGGGUCUCCAUGGCAACAGCAGUAUUGACAAUUUGUGUACGACGUCCGCACUGAGAGCAAUGGAGCCGGUGUCAGAUCUCCUCAGAGAGCAGCGCCUCCUCCAGUCGCAGCUCAGCUAUGACGACGACGACGCCCCCUCUGCGCCAACUUCCUCGCCGCCCACCAGUCACGCACGGAGCCAGGGCGCAGACCAGCCUCCGGGCGUGUUCCGGGCUUCCAUCAACAUCACCCCCGCCCCGCCUCCCAGGCCCAACCGACAGGUGGUGGUAGAGGAGGGGAGUGAGGCACCACGGGGGGAGGAGGAGGAAGAGUCGGGGGCAGCUAGCCUCAAGGGGGAGACACUGCAGGACCUUAUCAGAGAGAUCCGGGAGAGCGUGGCCCAGGAGGUCCGACGGGAAAUCUACAACGAGUUGAUGGCCGCCAUAUCGCCACGACGGUCGCCAAUGUAGCCGCGGGCGCCACCACUGUCUUGUCUGUAUCACUGUAAGAGCCGCCUAGACGGGCCGCCACACUGAAUGUCUAACACUGCAUGGGAUACACACCGCCCGUUUACUGUACAUGUGGGCCAGUCUGAUUUUCACCUGAAACCUCUCCAAAUACCGCCCUAACAUGACAACACAUUAGACCCAGGUAGUCAUUAAAACAAGUUUUAUUGAACAAGUAUAUUUGUGGCCAGUUUGAACAGUGACACUGUGUUUAAAUAUUUAAUGGGGUGAUUUUUGGGCGUGCCACAGUUUUACAAUCACUGCCAGAAAGACCCAGGCCAUCACUAAAUAAGGGGGCCAAAUAGUUUUUUUUAUUCUAAAAAUAAAAUAUAACAAAACUAUUUAGAAGUAGAUACAUUGACUUUUUGGUACAAAUAAUUUAAAUAAUAAUAAUGUGCAAAGUGGGACAUUUACAGCUUUUUCAUAUUUUUUGGGGCCUUGCAUCAAAUUGUAAAAACAUAAAAAUGAGAAGACUAAUAAUAAUAGUUUUAUAAAUAACUUUUUUGGGGGGGGGGGGGGG